GGACUACACGCUGGAUGACUCCUUCUGGACGGAGGAGAGCCCCGUGGGUGAGGUGGAGAGACUGCUGCGCGAAUUCCGGCAGAACCAAGAGCUGGUACGCAACAUCGGUGCACACUACUACCAGAUCAUCUACCCGGUGCAGCUCAGACACCACGAGAAGAUGGGCAUAUCGACCCGGGAGAUAGGGGCACCCAAGUUCCCGCAGCGGGGCUACGGCGAGGGCGGAUACUCGAGCUCCGCGCGCGGGAGAGUACGGACGGGGAAACAUUUCCACCGGACGUCGCUGCUGAUAAAAGCGUUUAACCACAAGUUCCGCCUUGACCUGGAGCUUAAUACGCAACUCCUUGCCCCCAACCUCAUGCAGAAGCAUUUCCUCGCCAACGGAGCAGAGCAGGUCUCUAAACAGGAGAUCGAGCACUGCUACUACCACGGCACGGUGAAAGACUACCCGGGCGCGACGGCAGCCUUCCACACGUGCAACGGCGUCAGCGGCGUCAUCCACGUGGGCAACGAGACGUUCGUCAUCCACCCCUUCUACGGCGGCGACCUCUCGCAGAAACAUCCUCACGUGAUCUUCGAAGCUCGCACCAAGACGACCAAGGGGUGCGGCAACCAGGGCAACCUCGAGUGGAGCAUGAAGCACCGCCGGCCCAAGCACGUGGGGGCGGGCCCCGCCUCCGCCGCCUCCGGGCCCGCCUCCUCCGCCUCCGGGGGGCGGUACAGGCGCGACGUGCGCGAAGCCACCAAAUACAUCGAGACUGCCAUCGUCAUCGAUAAAGCCAUGUUCGAGAAGAGGAAUGGCAGCAUGCGCUCAGAAGUCGUCCACGACGCCAUCCAAGUCGCCAACAUUGCCGACCUGUACUUUCGGACGCUGAACACGAGGGUGUCCGUCGUGUACAUCGAAACCUGGCAGGGAACGAACCAAGCCCCUAUCGACAAGGGCCAAGACAUCAGCCGCGCUUUGCUCAACUUCAACGACUACACGUCCCGCAACAUCUUCAAGGUCGACAAGGACACUACGCAGCUUCUCACGGGCGAAACGUUCCAGGGCGGCGAGUCUGGCAUGGCGGUGCCGGACACGGUUUGCACGGCCAAGUCCGUGGGAAUCAGCGUCGAUGUCAACACUUACGAGCCGCACCUUCUGGCCGGCACCAUGGCCCAUAUGAUCGGCCACAACAUCGGCAUGGGCCACGACGACGGCCGAGAGGAGUGCUUUUGUCGAGACUGGCAUGGCUGCAUCAUGGCGCAGUCCAUUGUGGGCCAGGACAAUGUGCAGCCCUACAAGUUCUCAGAGUGCAGCCUGUCUGACUACAUCGAUGCCCUGCGGAUAGGGCAUGGCAUCUGUUUGCUCAACAAGCCCAAUGAGCUGGAGGUGCGAAGAACCUGUGGCAAUGGGCUAGUCGAAGAGGGUGAAGACUGUGACUGUGGCACAAUCGACGAGUGCCACCAGCAUGAUCCGUGUUGUGAUCCUAUCACCUGCAAGCUCACCAAAGAGGCUGACUGUGCCACAGGCCCAUGCUGUACCAACUGCAGGCUUUUGUCAAGAGGUGUCCUUUGUCGUGAUGCAACAAAUGAGUGUGAUCUACCUGAGCACUGUACUGGUCAAAGUGGCGAGUGUCCUCCUGACAUCCACAAGAAGAAUGGCACACCGUGUGGGAACAAGGGAUAUUGUUUUAAUGGAGUGUGCCCCACACUGAAUAUUCAGUGUGAACUCAUCUGGGGAUAUGGAGGGAUUGCAGCAGAUGAACAGUGUUACAACCAGUUCAACUCAAAGGGUUCCAUCAAUGGGCAUUGUGGAAUGGAUGCUACAACAGGCCAAUACAUCAAGUGUGAACCUGAGAAUGUUCGCUGUGGAUCCCUGCAGUGUCAGUUAGGGAACCGAUAUCCCAUUGUACCUGGACUAGACCAGCUGUACUCCAGGACAAUUAUUUCCAUCAAAGGAAUUGAAUAUGAAUGCAAGGCAACAAGUGGUGCAAUUGACUCUCCAGGACUUCCUUUAAUGGGUCUAGUGAAAGAUGGAACUCCAUGUGGAGAAAGUUUGAUUUGUCUGAAUCAGACGUGUACUAGCCUGUAUCCCCACAUUGAUCCCAAUAAAUGCCCAAGUAAUCACCAUAGUGAAGAAUGUUCUGGACAUGGGGUCUGCACCAAUGUGAAUAAAUGUUACUGUGAGAUGGGAUGGAGUGGAUCGGAUUGCUCCAUACAGCUUGAGGUGACGCUUUCUCCUCUUUACACAACAGUUACCACCAUCUCUCAUGCUGGAGGUACAAAAAACGGCAUCACAAAUACUUUGGAACCUUAUAUGGUGAAGAAGGAAACCCCCUACGGGAGUAGUAACAACAACCUAAGCACAUUAACCAUGGUGUUUAUUCUGGUCGUAGUGGUCAACAGUGUCAUCAUAAUAUUUGCAUGCAUGGCCGUUUGCUACAGAAGGAAGAGCACAAUGCCGAAAUAUGAUCCACCAUACGUGAAAAAGCCUAUGGUGAAAAAAUAUGCUGGCAAAAGUGCAGCUAACAGAACACCAGAAGAAGCAGCUGCCAUGGAAAAUGUAAACAAGAUUUUAAAAUUUGGCAACAUGCCUUCCUACAGUCGUGGUGGUGACUCGCAGCGAGUGCUCUUCCGCCCGGUGAAUCACAUGUCAGCUGGCAUCGCAUCACGUUUCCAAGAACACAAGAUGCAGCAGAUGAAGCGUAUGGGUAUGGGAUCAGGCAGCGAAGAGGAUGCAACCCAUUCAGGGGAAGAAGAGACAGUAUCAUUUAUUGAUCUGCCAUCCAACAAUCUCUCAAAACUACCAGAAAAGGGCAUACUAAAGAAGUCUGGGCCAUACGGUACAGUUAUGGGUGAUGUGUGCAAAGAGAAGUGGGCUGAGGAUUCACAAUCUGAUAACCAAGAAAUAUUGUCUCAGUCAGACAAUAACCUUGGACCUGAUAUGAUGUCAGGAGGUGGCGGUGCUAUCUCGGAUGUGGAGCGCACUCUCAAGAGCCUUAAUGGCUACCACGAAGACAUUUUGGAAGCACUAAGAAAUGCAGCAACUCAUCGGGGAGCUGCUGCAACACCGUCUGGAAGCAGUAGCAUGCUCAGUGAAGAGAUUAUACGGAAGUCUCUCGAAGUCACUGCAGCCUAUGGUGAAUACAAACGAUCAGGUAGUCAGGAGAAAGUCUGCGAUGCAGUGCCUCAGACACACACGGUGAUGGUUGAAGGUGUUCAUCAUCACGCACAUCCUCCACCUCCCCCUGAGGAAGAUGAAGAUGAUGAAGUUCCACCAUGUGGACCAAUUCGUAUUCGAAACCUUGAAGACCUUAUCCGGCAACUAGAACAUCAUUCAACAAGGCAUAUGAGUCCCAGUGGAUCAGAGGACAUUCGAAUGUCUGAAACAGAAGCAGACCGUCACUAUCGCCUUGAGUCUGCUGCUGCUUCGUGUAAUGAACCACAGGCACGAUGUCGCAGUCGUGAGGAGGAGCCGAGGUUUGUGUAUGGACGCUAUCGUCACCCUAGUGGUCGUCAUCCACAGAGCUAUCACCACCAUCACCACCAACAUGUAGAAGAAGAGGAAGGCAUUUAUGAAACAGCAGAUCGUGAUAGAGGAGGGGAGCAACUCUGUGCAGAUACUCCAGACAGUGAAAGUGAUGAAUUUAUUCAAGCUCAACAACAGUUAGUCCGGUCGGCGAGUGAGGAGGCUCUCCCAGUUACACCGAAGGGCUCCAGCACAUCGAUCAGCCACCACGCACGUCACCAGUCUUCGCACCAUCGCAGGGGUGCUUCUAGUCCCCAUCAGGACAAAGCAGUAAAACGGGAAUACUACCCCUCCCCACCACCAUCGGAAAGUGACGAGGGCUCUGGGGAGGGCUCUGUACGCGAUGCUGCUCCCAGUACGUCAGCUCCUAGUGAGGGCAGGAGAGGAGACCCCAGUGACGAAGACUCAGCUGGAGAGGAAGACAACGAUUCCUCGAGAGAUACUGCUGCCUCAUCCUCCGUCUCUGGCACAGAGCAGACGGCCUUGCUCCGCCCGCGGCGGUAUCCCGAGUACAAGCACUGAUCCCAGUUGACUUUAGUUGCUCACAACGUGUUAGACACAAUCAAUCAUAGAUCUUGUCAACUGCCAUAUGUCGUGUGUAAAAUACGUUUGUCUGUUGCCUUCACUUGUUGUCAGACUGAACAGGUGACAAGAAGUGGUAGUGUUAUGUUGAAAGUAGACAUCUGUCACGUGAACACUGUGCCAGUUAUAACUUCUGUUACAUAGAUUGAUUUAUUAAAAAGUGCGUAAGUUUUUUAACUUAACGGUAUGAAAAUAUUCGUUAGAGACAAAGACUUCAAUCAUAACUACAAUGUAAAUAUACUACUAAGUGGUGCUGAUACGGACUUCAAAAAAUCCUUGUGACAUUUUAUUGUAUGUAUCCGUUGUAAAAAAAAAGUGAUGUGAGGAAAGCCUCGCACAAAGAAAAACAGAGGUAGAAUGGAGAAUGUUAUCAUGUUCUGCUGUGUACUUCUUUGAAUUACAUAUUUUAUAGGAAGAAUGAGUAGUUAAUUUGUUUUAGAUAUUGUUGGAAUUUUUUUCUGCACUUAAACUCCUGGAGUGCUUUCAUAUCAUAAAAAUCAGAGAAAUUUCCUGAAACAACAAAAAUUUCAGAAAUUUUUCUGAUAAUCUUAUUUGUUUACAGAAAAAAGUUCAACUUUCUACAUUAGGCAUUUUACAAAACUUUCUAAAUCCUGUCCAGAAAUCUUUGUAACUCAAAACCCUUUGUAACGACUAUCAUGAUUUGUGUGUCGGAAGAUCUUAUUUUAGCAAAGGAUAUUAAUCUUUUGAGUUACCAAAUUGUUAAUAAUUUUCCCUUCUAUGGAACAUUCUGCAAUUUUUCACUUAGCACUUACCUAGUCACAAGAAACUGUUGUAUCACACAGUACCUGUAGAGCCCAAGUGCUGCAGAUUGCAGGGUAAUGCUACUCCUUAACUCUUUUGUGUAAUAAAAUGUUUACAACUUGUCUUUUAUUUCAUAUCAGAUCUAUGUACGUCUCUCACAUAUUUGUCUUUUCAAUAUCAUAUGUUGUUGAGUAAAAUUAAAUUAAAGCUAUGUAAUUUGGCCUAAUCAGGGAAGACCACGAGGGAAAAGAUGACUGUGCCAAUAAAUUUCCCCGUCUAAAGAAUUAUAAUAAUAAAGACUUUUAAAUGCAUGGGAAAGUGAAACCAAUUUUUGUUUGAUUAAUGAGAUAUGACUGCCUCCUACAGUUACACAUUUCUACGUUUAACAAAGUUAUAUUCAUAAGAAACGUGAAAUCUCAAAAGUGCUCACCUACUGUAUACAGAUGUAGUAUGUAAAAGUUAUAAGAACUGUGUGCAUGGAAACAAGAUUGUUGCAUGUCAGUGACUAUACAAAUGGAUUAGCAGUUCUCUGUAUCAUGAGUGAGUGAUCUGUUCAGUUGUGGUUCAUAAAUGUAGGGAAUUUUCCAUGUAACAGUGGAUAUAUAUGCAUUAGUAGCAUAUACUGAAAACACUAUGAGGAAACUGAACAGCUGGAGUGAAAUGAAUAAGAAACUGUGUGAUAGACUUUAUUUUUAUUUUUUUUCACUAUUGUUUUGUUGUGGUUGAAAGGAAGAAGCCAUCAACAGGCCUUCAGUCCACAGUUAAGAAUAAAAUGUUGUUGACUUUAAACUAGUGGUUUGACUAACGUGCUGUAUUCAGUGAUGUUAAUGAAUUUUUACACUACCAGAGUUUUAGAAUUGAUAUCAGUACGUGGAAUUAAAAUGACUAUUUUACUUUUUUUAAGAAAAAUAAUAUUGAGAAUGACAUAAGAAAAAUGUUGUUGAACAUCAAGCCAUGAUGGUCCACAUUACAUCUCUUUAAAACUUUCAUGUUGAAAUUGAACAUCCUCCUCAUCAUGCUUAGACCUUGCUGUUUAAGAAUUAUCUGAUAAUCUGUAAUGAGUUUAUUUCUUGAGACUGUGCCAAAUCCAUUGCUGACCAAAACUGACAAUGUAAAAUCAAAUUUAUUUUUCUUUCUAGUAUGAGUUUUGUUCAAUUUUAUUUUGUUUUGUCAUAAUUAGAAUGUACCUCAACUACUCAGAUAUGUGAUUUAGGGAUGUAAAAGAUAUAGUAACUGUUGUGUGAAAUAUUUGCUCAUGAGGAAAAACAGAGUUCAUAUGAAAUUUAUUGCCACAAAAAUUUUUAUGUUUUAAGACAGAUGAAUAAAAAUAAUUUUAAGUCAUG